AUGGCUUCUCAUUUAGGAAGAACGUUUCGUAUAGCGACAAUUAAUGUUCAUGGAUUCCGAGGUGGAUUAAGGAAUCAAAAUAAUGUUAAGGAAUUAGUGUCCAUCCUAAAACCGUUGAAUCUUGAUCUUCUCGCAGUAGAAGAAGUUCAUAACGGUAAUGAUUGGACUAACUUUUGCACGCAACUUUCAUUGAAUCAUCAGAUAUUCAAUGCCACUUAUGAAGAUUAUCAUGGAAACGGUUUUGCGUCACGCCUUCCAAUCAAAUCUCCAAUAGUUCGACCAACUAACUUUCUAUCUCCCGGUGGUAAAAGAGCAUUACUUCAGUGCCAAUUAGACGGUGAUCACCCAUUUGUUCAAAAUCGUUCAUUCGCGGUCACACACUUAGAUCAUGUGAACGAAGAUGCAAGAUUAGCGCAAAUGAAAUAUUUUCGACCUGAUGUUGACAUACUCAUCGGUGAUAUGAAUGCUCUGACCGAGGACGAUUAUACAGAAAGCUAUUAUCGAAGAAUCGUCGCUGGAAAACGUGAAGAAUCGCAAUGGGAAAAACCCAGGUUCGAUCUGACGAAAUUAAUCACACAAAGCUGGGGUUAUCAAGAUGCAUUUCGAUUCGCUAAUCCGAAGUUAAAAGAUGAAGAUGUUGUAACGUGUGCAUAUGGAACACGUAUUGACUACAUUUAUCUACGUCCACGUGAGAAUGAUCCAUGGAGACUAGCCAAGUGUUCGAUAAUCAAUACACAACCUGCAACUGAUCAUAAUGCCAUAUUUGCCGAAUUUGAACAAAUUGACAAUGAAAACUGA